CUGCCCUGCUGCGCUACUACUUCCGUAGUAUCUCAGUAGCCGUAGCUACUCCCCUACGAGCUGCGGCACUGACAAUCUGAGAUCAAGAAUGGCGACUGCAGCUCUGGCCGAUGAGGAUGGAUCGCCCAAGAAGACGAAGCAGGGCGGCUUCAAGACCAUGCCAUUCAUACUAGCAAACGAGAUCUGCGACCGGUUCGCGACGGCCGGCUUCAACGCCAACAUGAUCACAUACCUGACGCAGCAGCUGCACCUGCCGCUCGUGGAGGCCUCCAACCUGCUCACAAACUUCAACGGCACCGCCGCCUUCACGCCGGUCCUGGGGGCCAUCAUCGCCGACUCCUGCGCCGGCCGCUUCUGGACCAUCGCGGGGGGAGGCGCGCUGUACCAGCUCGGCAUGCUGGGCCUCGUCGUGUCCGCGCUCGUCCCCGCGCUCCGCCCCGCGUCCUGCAGUGCCGGUGCCGGUGCCGGUGCCACUGCCACGGCGUGCCAGCGCGCUGGCGCCGGGCAGCUCGCCAUGCUGUACGUUUCUCUGCUGCUCACCGCGCUCGGCGGCGGCGGCAUCCGGCCCUGCGUGGUGGCGUUCGGCGCCGACCAGUUCGCCCUCCGCGGCACGGGCAGGCGUCCUGGCGGCGACCAGAAGUGGAGCUACUUCAACCUCUACUUCUUCAGCAUGGGCCUCGCCGUGCUGCUGGCGCUCACCGUGGUGGUGUACAUCCAGGAGAACGUCGGGUGGGGCUGGGGCUUCGGCAUCCCUGCCAUCGCCAUGUUCGUCUCCGUGCUGUCGUUCGUCGUCGGGUACCCACUCUACGUGAAGGUGAAGCCCGAAGGAAGCCCCUUCAAGAGGCUCCUGCAGGUCCUCGUCGCGGCGUUCAAGAAGAGGAAGGAGUCCGUGCCGGAGGACGUCGGCUUGCUGUACCAGAACAAGGAGCUCGACGCCGCAAUCGCCGCCGACGGGAGGCUACUGCACACCGACCAGCUUAGGUUCUUGGACCGCGCGGCUGUACUGACGACGGGCGACGUCGUCUCGGACUCCGGCGAGCCGGACCUAUGGCGCGUGUCGACGGUGCACCGCGUGGAGGAGCUCAAGUCCAUCGUCCGGAUGCUGCCGCUGUGGGCAGCCAGCAUCACGCUCGUCGCGGCCGCGUCGCACAACUUCACCUUCGCCAUCCAGCAGGCGCGCACCAUGGACCGCCACCUCACGCCGCGCUUCCAGAUCCCGCCGGCCACGAUGAUCAUCUUCACCACGCUCACGAUGCUCGUCAGCCUCGCGCUCUACGACCGCGUCUUCGUCCCCGUCGCGCGCCGCUACACGGGGCGGCGGUCGGGGGUCACCUACUUCCAGCGCAUGGGUGCCGGCUUCGCGGUCUCCGUCCUGGGCGUCAUGGCGGGCGCGCUCGUGGAGAGCAGGCGGCGCCGCGUGGCGCGCGAGCACGGCCUGGUCGACAGCCCCGGCGCCGUCGUGCCCAUCAGCGUGUUCUGGCUGGUGCCGCAGUACGCGCUCCACGGCAUGAGCGACGCGCUCUCCACGGUGGGGCACAUGGAGUUCCUGUACGACCAGUCGCCGGAGAGCAUGCGGAGCUCGGCGGCGGCGCUGUUCUGGGUCGCCGGAUCCCUCGGGAACUACCUGGGCACGGUGCUCGUCACGGUGGUGCAGAGCGCCACCAGAGGGGUGUGGCUCCAGGACAACAUCAACAAGGGGAGGCUCGACUACUACUACUGGCUCGUCACGUUCCUCUUGGUGCUCAAUCUUUUCUAUUACAUCGUGUGCUUCCAUUUUUACACCUUGAAGACGUUCGAGGUGGACGCCGGCCGCACUAAUGGUGGUGAGGAGCAAGUUGGAGAACGGCAGGCGGAGGCCGCGGAGCCUUGCCAUGUCCAGGUUGCAAGCUUCUAGUGACAGCGUGUGACGAUGAGAAGCUUGCAGUGACCGACCUGUUGAUUGUUGAAAUGAUGGGCGUGUGUGUCAGUAGUAUGUACGCAGCAGUGUACCGUUUGCACUCCUCUCCUAGGAAGUGGCAAGUCUCCUGUAAUUGACAUAUGUAUGAGGUCACCCGUGCCAUUGAGGGUGGCCUAGGUGGCAAAUGUGCUGUGAGCCUGUGACUUAAGUACGGCCUUCUUGCUUGGGUACCAAAAAUUGUCAUGCCAAAAAAUAUGAGGCUAGAG